GAAUGUAAUAAGCAUGUCCAUUUAUUUGUCUAGGGUUUACUAAUUUAAUUCAAGAUAUAUAAUUUACACUGGAAGAAAUUUUUUUCAUUAAUAUAUUUUAGAUUUAGUUUUUUAUAGCCGAUAUUGAUAUUAUCUUAGUUUAACUUACACCGGUAACUUAAAUCUAUAUAACAAUGAAGAGGUCAUGUACUUCGGAAGGAGAAGAGAAUGUUGAGAAAAAGUCAAAGGAGGAAGAAGAGAUUUCAGAAGACCAAUCUAGUUCAUCAUCUAACCAAUUGAAAAAUGUGUUGGAUGGAGGAGGAGAAAAUGUCGACUCCAAACCAAGCUCAAAUGAUGAGGAAGAAAAGACAAAGACUGAUACAGCACCAACCAAUGAAGGAAUUUCUGAAGGAAUUUCUGAAGACCAAGCCAAGCCUACCAGUUCUGAAAACACAACAUCGACCACUGUCCCAGAUAAUACAACAAAUGAAGAAGACUGUGUUGAAGUUAAGGAAGAAGAAAAAUCAGGUGAGAAGACCUUGCCUCAGAGAUGGCAGUUGGCUCCGACCACUACCAGACAGAGAUUGAACUAUCUUCUGACUACGUCCAAACUGAGUGACUGUGUGGUGCAGGUUGGCAAACCUGAGGCUCAACAGGAUUUUAAACUGCACUCAGUUAUCCUUGCAAUGUCCAGUCCAGAGUUUGAAGACCUCCUCAGUGAAUCUCUAAACAUCAGUCUACCAGAUGUAGAGCCAGACGUAUUCAGGCAAAUUUUAGAAUACAUCUACCUGGACUAUGUGAACCUGUGGAAUGUAGAGAAGACACAAGCCUUGUACAGAGCCUCAGUCAAGUUCAAGCUACCUCACCUAUGUGAGAAGGCUGUGGAGUAUAUGAUGGCAAAGAUGAGUCUAGAUAGUAUCUGGCCUAUACUGGAGGCUGCCAUAGCAACACAGGACCAGAUACUGACGGAUGAGUGUAACAAGUUUUUCAAGAAGAACAUAACAAAUCUGCUGAAGCACCCCAAGUUCCCCACUGUAGACAGUUCUGUGGUGUCUAGUCUGGUAGCAGACAACGGCCUGGGUGUAGAGGAGGCUGAUCUAGUCUUGGGGCUGUUGGGAAGUAGCUGCAAUGGCCAACUUAAUACACAGAGAAAGGCAGCCAGUUUCACUGGAGUCGUGAGUGUCAGAGACAGUUAA